CUGUCGUACAAGAUUGUUGCCGAUAUGCAUAUUAAAUUUACACAUCUGGGGUCUUCACAGCUGAUCAAGAAGGUUAAGGAGCGAUAUCAUUUCCGAGAUCUUCAGAAGAUUGUACGCCGUUGUGUGCGUUCCUGUCGUGCAUGUAUUAAAGCUAAUGCGGUGAGGAGCUUCAACUCGGGGGGAGGCCAGCGGCAUGUGAAGGACUUACUCCCCUUUCAAGUCCUGGGCGUCGACAUUUAUUUGCCAUAUCUCAAAGAUGGCACUUCUC